GAUACCAGCCUCAGCUGACACGAACUCGAACGCGUCCCGCUUCGACUUUCAUGAAGCAUACUGUGUUUCAUUUACGAUUUGACCAGUAUACUUGCAGGAGCCAAGGCUGUAGCAGUACACGUCGAUUCACACGUUGCCUACAAUACGUGCAUCUUGACACUUGUUGAUCGGUGACUCCGACUAAACGACUGCAUUCGCACGGUUCAUUUUUCUCCUUGAGCCUUAUUUUACAUUAACAAUACAACUAUGGCGCAACCAGUUGCAGAUAUAGCCCUUAUUGGUUUGGCAGUAAUGGGCCAAAAUCUCAUCUUAAACAUGAACGAUCAUGGUUUUGUUGUGUGCGCCUAUAAUCGUACUACUGACAAGGUCAAAGCUUUUCUGGAAAAUGAAGCCAAGGGUACCAAUGUUGUUGGUGCAUAUAGUCUUGAAGAAAUGGUCAAUAAACUUAAAAGUCCUAAGAGAGUUAUGAUGCUUGUAAAAGCUGGCUCAGCUGUUGACGCUUUUAUUGAUAAGUUGGUGCCUUUAUUAUCUCAGGGAGACAUCAUUAUUGAUGGUGGUAACUCUGAAUACAAGGAUACUGAAAGAAGAACCAAAGAUUUAGAAUCCAAAGGAAUUUUGUUUGUUGGUAGUGGAGUAAGUGGUGGAGAAGAAGGUGCCAGAUAUGGCCCUUCGCUUAUGCCAGGUGGUAAUCCAAAAGCUUGGCCACAUAUCAAACCUAUUUUCCAGGCAAUCUGUGCAAAAGCUGAUGGAGAGCCAUGCUGUGAUUGGGUUGGAGACAAUGGUGCUGGACACUUUGUCAAAAUGGUGCAUAAUGGCAUUGAAUAUGGUGAUAUGCAGUUGAUUGGUGAAGCAUAUCACAUAAUGCGUAAUGGAUUAAAUCUCAACAAUGAGCAGAUGAGCAACAUUUUUGCUCAAUGGAACAAAGAAGAGCUUGAUUCAUUCCUUAUUGAAAUAACUAGCAACAUUCUUAAAUACAAAGAUCAAGAAGGAUAUUUGUUGGAGAGAAUAAGGGAUACAGCUGGUCAAAAAGGAACUGGAAAAUGGACAGCUAUAUCUGCAUUAGAUUAUGGUGUUCCAGUUACUCUAAUUGGUGAAUCAGUAUUUGCAAGAUGUUUAUCUGCUUUAAAAGAUGAGCGGGUGGAAGCAAGUAAAUUAUUAAAAGGACCCAGUACUAAAUUCAAUGGAGAUGUCAAAUCAAUGACUGAAGCAUUGAAAAAGGCCUUGUAUCUUUCCAAAAUUAUUUCUUACGCUCAAGGCUUUAUGCUUAUGAAAGAAGCGGCCAAAGUUCAUAAUUGGAAUUUGAAUUAUGGUGGCAUUGCUUUAAUGUGGAGAGGAGGCUGCAUUAUUAGAAGUGCAUUUUUAGGUAACAUCAAGCAGGCGUUCGACAAAAAUCCAAACUUGAGCAAUCUCAUGAUAGAUGAUUUCUUUGCAAAAGCUUUGAACUCUUGCGAGCAGAGCACGCGCUUAAUCAUUGGAUUAGCUAUAAAUUUAGGACUUCCAACGCCCGCUCUAUCAACUGCCUUGGCUUUCUACGAUGGUUACAGAACUGCCAAACUGCCAGCAAAUCUAUUGCAAGCUCAGCGUGAUUACUUUGGAGCUCACACGUACGAAUUGCUCGGCCAAGAGAAUACAUUUGUCCAUACCAAUUGGACCGGACAUGGUGGCAAUGUAUCCGCUUCGACUUAUGAUGCUUAAGGGAAUAGUGAAAUUGUAUAAUGUUUCAAUUCUUUGUAAGAGUAGAUUCAGUUUUUUCAACGGGAGCUUUUUCAAAUUGUAUUAUGAUCGUUCUUAAAAAUCGUCUUUGUAAAAAGUCGGUAAUGUAGAAAAUUGUACAGAAUCAUUGAAUUCAUGUAUAAAAGAUGCGGGACCUUGAUAAAGCGAUGAAGAACAUAAUUCUAAUUAUAAGUGAGAAGCUUAAGUACUUGAUUUUUGAUAACGGAGAAAUUUUAAUUUAUAUAAAACUUUAUAAUUGGUCAAAAUAAAUUGGUUAAAUUUUUUGAAGAGCCUGCAUGAACAAAUUUGACCAAAGUCAAGUGUAAUGAUAAUGUAGAUAUAUCUUUGUUGUCAUUGUUGUUUUCUGAAAGGGCUUAUUGUAAUAUUCGAGGUCGUUUUUGUACAAACUAGUGAGCAUUUAUGUUACAAUCAUCUACGCUGGGACGUUGAUAUUCACAUAGUAGUAAGUGUUAAAAACUAUAACUGAAUUAAAGGGUUGCAAUUUACUGUUUAUACAUUUAAGUGUGUUCAUAUCGAACUAUUGUAAAUGAAAUUAAUUAUUAUAUGUGAUUAUGUUAUUGCUGGCUUUUGACAAAUAAAUCUAUUAAAUUUUGGAUUUUCAUAAAAUA